AAAAACAUCUCGGAGAAAAUGUCGUAAAGCGCAGUCGGUACGGUCUGUGACGAAGAGAGUGACCGGGCCUGGCUCCCCGCACUUAUUUGCCCCGUAUCCCGGUGGCCCCCUCCCCCUCUUGCUCCAUGUGGGGCCCAGGUUGGGCUCUCGGAUUCUCCUCCUUCUCCUCCUUCUCCUCCUUCUCCUUCUCCUUCUUCUCCUUCUCCUAUGGCCCGGAAAACAGUUAGCAGGAAGCGGAAAGCGGCGACGGCUGCCGCCGGGGGGCUCCAGGGGGAGCAGUAUGGGUGGGAUCACUCAGUUCACAAAAGGAAAAGACUCCACUGGGUGAAAAGGUCUGUGGUGUACUACCUGAAAGGUAGAGAGGUCAGGAUGCAGAAUGAGUCCAGCUAUCACCGCUUGUUGCAUGGAUAUGCAGCCCAGCAGCUUCCCAGCCUCUUGAAGGAGAGAGAAUUUCACCUUGGAAUCCUUAAUAAAGUAUUCGCCUCCCAGUGGCUGAACCACCGGCAAGUGGUGUGUGGGACAAAAUGCAACACAUUAUUUGUAAUAGAUGUCCAGACUGGUCAAAUUACCAAGAUUCCUAUUCUGAAAGAUCGUGAACCUACCAUGGUGAACCAGCAAGGAUGUGGUAUUCAUGCUAUUGAGCUCAACCCCUCAAGGACCUUUCUGGCCACAGGUGGAGACAACCCCAACAGUCUUGCAAUUUAUCGUCUGCCUACACUUGAUCCUGUGUGUGUGGGAGAUGAUGGACAUAAGGACUGGAUAUUUUCAAUUGCAUGGAUAAGUGAUACUAUGGCUGUUUCUGGUUCCCGGGAUGGUUCGAUGGGUCUCUGGGAAGUUACAGAGGAUGUGCUGUCCAAAACUGAUGCCAGGCACAAUCUCUCUCAAGUUCCUGUCUAUGCCCACAUAACACACAGGGCUCUGAAGGAUAUUCCUAAGGAGAACACCAAUCCUGACAACUGCAAAGUCCGAGCAUUGGCUUUCAACAAUAAGAACAAGGAACUGGGAGCUGUGUCCUUGGAUGGGUAUUUUCAUCUUUGGAAAGCAGAGCACACACUAUCAAAGUUACUUUCCACAAAGUUGCCAUACUGCAGGGAGAAUGUGUGUUUGGCUUAUGGUCCGGAGUGGUCAGUGUAUGCAGUAGGAUCACAGGCACAUGUCUCCUUUUUGGAUCCAAGGCAGCCUUCUCACAAUGUUAAAUCCGUCUGUUCCAAAGAACGAGGCAGUGGUAUUAGAUCAGUGAGCUUUUACGAGCACAUCAUCACAGUGGGAACGGGGCAAGGUUCCCUAUUGUUUUACGAUAUCCGAGCCCAGAGGUUCCUGGAUGAAAAGCCCCCACAUGCCUGCUAUGGACAGAAGCAGAAAUUAGGAGGAAGUGAAAUUUUAAAGUUGACUACUGGGAAAGGUUGGCUGAAUCACGAUGAAACCUGGAGAAAUUAUUUUUCUGACAUACAUUUCUUCCCAAAUGCUGUUUAUACCCACUGCUACGACUCAUCUGGAACGAAGCUCUUUGUGGCAGGAGGCCCCCUUCCAUCAGGACUUCAUGGGAAUUAUGCUGGUCUCUGGAGCUAAUGAUAACUCUUCAUAAAUGCUGAUCUUGACAUAGAUUUCUACUUUUCUUUACCAUUUUAAAAACAAAAUUGUGUGAUGCCAUUGACUUCUGGUUUAAAUGCAAGUUAUUUUUAGGCAAUUUUCUGUUGGUCUCCAACAGUCUUGUACAUGUUUUUGAACCAUUAUUUUUGCUUUAACCUGCUUAUUCUUUUAUAUGAAGGGGUUUCAAAAUCCUUUUUUAUUGUAUUUACUCCAAAUGACUCUUCCCCCACAUUUAGGCUGUCUUGGCCACAUGCCUCCUCCUCUUUGCUGUGACAUAGGAUUCCUUCUUAUAGCGUGGUUGCUGCUGGACUUUCUGUGAAAGUCUAGGGGCUGUGUGUCUUCAGAUAUUUUGUCAGUUCCAUUACCUGAAGUGAGGACUGCUUGUAAUUUAAAAAUAUUUGUAAGAGAUAAAGUAAUAGCUUAUCUGUAGAACCUGGCCUUAGUCUGGGUUAAUCUUAUUUUUUAAAAGUACAAGUCUAAUGACACUGUUUAUACAUAGAGGAGUAUGGUCAUUUUAAUAUGUACUCAUUGGAGCCCAGGGAUAGAUUUUUCUGGGGUAUUGCCCAUCAAGCCCAAAGUGCAGGAGUUUUAAAAAAUGCAUUUGUGUUUGAAUUUCAGUUUUCAGCAGUGCCAAAAGAAAAUUUAUCUAUUGUUCCUUUUCUGCUUCUCCCAGGUAUCAGCUUGCACAACUGGAGUUUGUAUAGGCUGUUCUGUGGUGUGGCUAUUGCAGGAUGACAUUACAUUGAGGGCCUGCAGAGGUGCUGAGAGAAAAUGGGGGCUAGGGAUAUGAGUGUUCUUGUCCUUCAAAAUGAACUAAAUCUAUCAAUUUUUCAGAUGAGUCAAGAUUCCUUAGUAUGCUGCUAUGGUAGCUCAUGGGUUCUUCAUAAACUGCCUAAAACCCAGGACCUCUUUUUGUCCCAGGUUGUGGAAGCUUUUCCCAUUUUGGCUGUUCUGUUUGGCCAUCUCCUCUAAUAUGCCAAUGGAAUAAAUAAACUGGGUUUUUUUCUCUGAGGUUAAAGAGUGCAUCUUGGACUUGUCUAAUGCAAGCUGGAAGCUUUCCAUGUAGCAAGAUAGCUUGCUGUUAGCUCACAUUGAGCUAGCAGCAUCUGUUGUCAUCUUGCUUGCUGUAGGAGAGGCUCAGGUUUUCCUUGAAUCCCCUGUUGCCUUCUGCAAUCAAAUUCCCACAAACUUCAUGUGGAAUUGGGUGGGGAGAAUAGGUCCAAUACCCUUCAGGUCCAGCCAUGAAGCGUGUGCAUUCCAGGGUGAUGGUCUUACCUAAUACUCACUAAAAUGCAGAACUCAAGGGUACUCCUCCUAGCCUUUUGGCAGGCACCAAGCUUGGCUUGUCACUGAUACCUCUGUCCUCUGCUGGGAUGAAUGCCUUUCCCAUGCCCUUGUCACCAGUGGAGCAGAGUGUGCCUGUAUCUCACUGCUGUGGUGCCAAAUAGGUAGUUGGCUGAAGCUGAGAAGAAUGACAAAGCUGGGACAUGCUCUGUUCUUCUGUGUCUGCUGGAGAUCACAGCCACCACUGUAGAGUAGCUCUAGUCCCCGAUGUGCAGUUCCUGCGAGAUUGCCUAGAGCUAGUCCGCAUGUGUCUUUGUGGUCCCUCUCAUCUUUGGACUCUAUAUCUUCAUCAGUAAUUCCAAGCAGUGAGACUUGGGCUUAAUUUCUGGUUGGUAGUGGACACUUGGAUGAAAAUCCUGCAAGGAAUGCAGUUCCCUCCCAUCCUGGUGAAAAAUCCUGUUAAGAUGUCUCCCAGACAUUCACCUGUCUCAGAAGUAUAAUUUACUCACACUGAGCACUGACAUGGGUACUUCACAAACAGAUCUUUUUUUAUGGUGUUUCAUAAUUCUACUUCCCUUGUGGGUUGGUUGCUUAAACUGAAUCAGUUAAUGGUGAAAUUAUAAACUAUGGAGUAGCAAAGAAGCUUUUAUAUUUUAUUUAGAGUUGUUUGUUGUUUUUUAAAGAUGUACUGGUGCCUGUGUUGUUCUGUGAUGGCAAUUUACUGCUUUGGUUAUUUUAGGGGUUUUGAAAAGUGGAAGUAUACAGAGAAAAACAAAUCUUGGUGAAGUAUGGCAGGAUGUGUAAUUCUGGGAUUAUUUCUCCGGCUACCAUCUAAGAUCACGCUGUCACAGGGAACAAUUUCUGGUUAGUUGUUUUGUUUGGCUUGGUUUGAGGUGCCUUUUUUUUCCCCCUCUUUUCUAAAGAAACUAGACAUUUGACUGAGCGUUCUCUAAUUCUGCUGAAACAACUAGUUAGGCCCUUAGUGUCACCAGUGCCAAAGGAAAACUACUGAUCUGGAAACCCUAGCCCUGAUGUUGAUCUAUAAAUUUGAAGCAUAUUCCAGGUCUGGGUGAGGGGGCAAAAAGGGUAUUUUUAUGGAUUAAGCUCUAGCCUCUAAAUAUGGAGGCUGAUCUUUCUGCGGAGUCAGCAGUCUCUAGGUUAUUGAAGAGGUCACCAUGGCACCCCUGGAACAUGUCCCUCUCUGCCAGCUGAUCACAAAUACCUCAGUGUGUGGUCCUAAAGCUUGGUAGUGUGAGUGCCCUUUUCCUCACUUUUUUUCUGCGUAAGAAGCUUUGGACAAUUCUCAGAAGAAUCUGGACAAUGAUGUAAAAUUUCUCAAGUUUCAUAUGCUUCUGUGUAUUCUGCUUUCAUGGUGCUUUCUUGCAAAGAUAACUUCUCAUGGGGAGGGAGCCAUCCUUGUUGCUUUAUGAAAAUCCCCCCAAAAAAACUGGGAACAAACUAGAUAUAGUGCUGCAAGAACACAAAUUGGGCCAGAGAGAACUUAAUUUCUAGCCUGUUUUGUAGCAGCCACAGGGCCUGCAAGGCCUCCCUGGCGGUCAGUUGCCUAAGAUAAGAAAUGCCUAGUCAUGAUGACUGGACCAAAGAAGCCCCUCUUCCACCUUCAGACCCUUGUUAUCUCUCUGUAAGAACAUAGGUCAUAUUCACCUCGACCCUUACUAUUGGACUGUUUCCCAAAACCCCUAUACAAACCCCUAUUUCUGGGCUGUUCAGCAGAAGAGCUGUCACUGUCACCCUUCACAGAAGUUGCCAAUAAAGACACAUCUGUGGAACCUCAUACAGCCUUCUCCUCUCUCUCCCCAUGUCUGCUGAGGCACUUAGCAUGCAAAGAGCUGAAAUCACUAAAGAGCUAAAUUCACCAAAGAGCUGAUCUCACUUAAGAGCUGAGCUGCUUGCUAAGAUUGCCUGUGGCUGGGGGCCUGCCUGAGGGACCUGGACAGGUUGUGCUUAGCGGGACUUAGCUAUCUGGACACCUACAGCAGCAGGGGCUGGAUAGACCCCGAGAACUCCCUGACGUAAUACUGUUUCAGUGGGUUUAAAUGCUUGUAGCAAUAUAGAAUUAUAGAUGUUAUGUUUCAGAGUAUUUUGUGGUUGGUCAUAUGUCACUUUUGGUCCAGUCAAGGUUAGAAAAAGAGGCAGAGAAAGGUGAUGAUAUGCCAACUGUCCAAAUAUAAGUCAUAGGAGAAAUGGAAUGAAAAGACAGGUUUUCUUAUUUGAAUUGAUUUUUUUUCCCUACUGGUUUAGAAAUCAGUUGAAAUCCAGGAUCAUGGUGUGAGAAGCAGUGGUUUUCCAUUGAAGUGCAGGAAUGACUGUACAGCAGGGUAUUUCUCAUCUCUUCAUGGAGGCAAGUUGAGUGCACCCUGGUGUUCAAAUAGCAGAUGACAUGAAAUUCAGUCUGGUGACUGAGUUGUGCUCACUGUGUCUUGCUGUGUUUUGCUGAGACCCAUUGGCAUUUGCAUUUUCAGGCUGUCUUUUGGAAUGUUUCUUAACAAGUUCCCUCCCUUGGUCUUUCACGCCCAUCUGAAUGGUCUGUUUGGGGUUGCCUCCUCCACCCCAAAUCAUCCCAGCUUUUUACUGUAGCAAUAUUGUGAUGUGUUACUCUUCGAGCCAGGUCUUACGAGCUCUCAGUGAAACCCAUCACACCCCAGAUAGCUCAGCUACCUGGAACAGUAUAAAAUUAGCAGGAUGAUUUCUGAGGUAGUGUUGGAAACAGGAAAAGGUUUAAUAAAAGGCAAAAUAACAAAGCUCUUACAGAGAAAAACUGAGCCAGGGUCAAGAGGUCCUUGCUCCUGCUAAAUUACCCCACAAAAGCGAUUAUUUCCUUUGUUCUCUUCCUUUUCUAGUGAAUUACCUAGGCGGGACCUCUUGGCCUCUGUCCAGUCGGACAGCCCCAGGUCUGAGGUGAAGUCCCAAAGGUCCUAUGAGAUGUCUUUGUACUUAAUUUGGGAGAGAAACUUCUGAGCUUUUUGCCUUUUUAAGCAGACAAAGAAUAACUUGGUCACUUCGUCAACAGGGGGCACAUUCCUACACUAUUGUACUUGCAGAGGUGACCUCUUAAGCAGAAAUGGUCUUGCUGGCAUUUUGUCAAGCCAUGCUUGAGACCUUUAAUUUGCUUUUUUUAAACUGGGCAGACCUUUGAGGCUAGCUCAGACCAGAGAACUGGGUAGUUGCCCUAGUACAUGUUUCACUAAUGGGAGGAUUACACAGUAGCAGUCUAUUUCUGGGGGGGAACAGACUCUAGUUUAUCUCACAUUAGGCACUUGAAGCAGAGAAAAAACUUUAAUUAUAACAGACCGUUGGACUUUUCUUCCUGCUGGUAAUUUUCCAGUCAUGUGGGAUCUUCUGUGCUGCCAGUGAGUGUAGAAACUAGUUAAUUUUAUCACUCAGCUCUUUUCAGUGAACUACCAUGUUAAUUUGGGUAUCUUUGGGUAUUGCAUUUUCAGUAUUCAUAAUCACAGGUAAUCAAACCUAGUGACUUAACCAUGGGUUCAGUAGUAGAAUUAUCCCUGGCUGACUUGACUGUACAAGGGAGAAAGAUGGAGAAAUUACCAGGAAUGAGGUGACGAGUAAAAUAAUAGAUUCUAAUGGGUAGCAAUGUCUCAGUAACAAUUGGGUAUUAUGUGAUAGACCUUCCUAAGGAAGCAGAAGCUACUUUGCAAUAUUUGCUUGAGCAGAGAAAUGAGGGUGGUGCUCACCCUCUUCACCUUAUUUCUGAUAAUUCCUCCAGUUUUCUCCCUUGUACAGUCAAGUCUAAUAGGAAGAAUUGGUAGUGCUCUCCUUGGGUGCUUUCUGGGAUUGCGAUAACAAAGUGAGUCCAUUUGUUUGGUUCCCUUCAUCUGUGCUGCUUGUGUUAGUACAAAGGGAAUAAAUUACCAAAGAACAGUUAAUAGGUGUUUGAUCCUAGUCCCAGUUGUUCAUUACCUACAUAGAUCCAUUUUUAAGAUCAUAGCAAGAGUACCUAGUGAUCUUACUGGACUUAGUCUGUCCACAAAGGUUACAUUCACAUUGUGGGUGACUUGUGACUACCUUAAUGAGGGGAACUCCUGAACUGCAUUAUGGGGCUAUAUUUGCUGCCUCUAUUUUAAGUCUUUGGCUGUUUUUGUAUCUUAAUCCUUAAGAUACUUAUGUUCAGUUACUCUUCUCCAGAAUUUCAUCCUCUUCCUUCACCUGAGCACUUGCUUUGUAUAUACCUUGCAGCUGCAAAAUUAACAGAUUUAAGUUAUGAUACAGCUAUGUCAAGUGGUGGUUUGGUGUCUUAAUUUCUGCCCCUCAGAUGAGAGGCACUUAUGGAUCUUGUGAAUUAAUAUCCCUCACCUGGUGCAGAUGUGAAAUAAAGCAGGCUUUGAUAGAGAUCACCUGUUUUCUUUACUUGCAAGAAACCAAGAACAGAUGGGCUGUCACUUACUGCAUCUUGGCAAAGCAGCAGCAUCUUACAGCAGCCAGGUGGGAGCUCUGAGAUCUGUUUCUGGUGGUCUGAUAACCUUAUUUUCCAUAAAUCCACAUUUCCAAGGUAUCUGAGAAGUUCUUAGCUUCUAUUGCAAUUGCUACCCUAUUGGAAUUAUUACCAAUAUAGCCGGAUGGGACGUGUCUGGGCUUGUCUGGCCCUUGCUGCUUGACCAAAAGGCAGCAGCUGUGGUGAUUUCACCUCAGAGACACCUUUGGCUAGCUAGAUGCUGCAGCUGGGCGCACAGAGACAAGUCCAGACAUGCAGGAGCUCAGGUUUACCUUGGUGAAGAAGCUUUAAGGCGAGGUGAAGGAAAGGAGUCGGUUCUGUUGGAGGGUUUCGAUCCAGAGCUUUAUUCCUGGCCCACAGGCCUCUGAAUGCAGUAACAGCUCCAACAAAACUCACGACCAGAUGGUGUGCUUGCCCUUUUAACCCGGGGGAGAGGGGGAACCAAGGACCACCAAUCAGGUACAGGGCAGGCAUGUCACAGGUGAAAGGGACACCUGGAUGGGCCAAUGGCCCCCAGGGAUGGAGAGCAUCUUUUGAAUCUGCCCAAUCACUCAAUGCUCCUCUGGAAUUUCUGGGUUGAUAGACAGUGCCCAGCAGGAGUCAGGGUGGGGGAAAGAAGAGGUGAUUGACACCUGGGGAGGACCGGGAUAACUGAGGCAAGCCAUGACAUCACACCGUAACACCACUGUAACUAAAUUACUGAACUGAGGUACAGCUCAUUCCUAGGAACACCAUUGCAGAGCUAUGUGUGAUGCAGGUCAAGCUGAUCCUCUGGCCAGCCCAUGCUGAGCCCUGGACACCUGUGCUAGCCAGGCAUAUGCUCUCUAGCUUAAAGCUAAGUGAAAAUCCCUGUGUGCCUCACUGGCCACCCCUCAGCCAGAACCUCAACUUAAAAUGCAUUUCUGAGUGUUGCGGUACCUUCAGUAGCUUUGUCUCUGAAGCACAGGCACCAGGAAUUUGUCUGUGUUGCAGACAAGGGAGAAUGGAAAUGAGAAUAUAGCCACAUCUUAUCUGAAGGAAUCUCCUGUUUAUGCUCUUCCUUGCUUCUGCAAGUGAACACUUCGGUGCAUGUUGAGGAUGGGCAAGGGGCACAAGAAAAAUGGUAAAAGUCCAACAGUGUUUGGUAUUGUUCUCAGAACUCCUGAGGAAUUAAAAAAUAUAGAGGGGAUACUUAUUCAUUGCUCAGGAGGUACUUGUAAAAGGGCUUAAUCAGAAACAUUUUCAGAGAAAUCAAGUAGAUAUCCCCAUAAUUCUUGUUUCUUCAUGUUAAUUUUCAAGGAUUUUAAUUGGGAAGUGUCUUUUUGCUUGUGUUGCUGGGUUUCUUAAUGUGGUACUUGUGGUACUUGGCUAAUUAAGAGAAUGCUUUUGACAGAAAGUAAUCUUCCCAAUUAAGUGCCAUUUUCUAAUGGCCUUUCCCUCUAGUAUCCUGCUGGGAGUGUUGUGGUCUAAGAAAGCACAGACAGAUCUAAAAUGGAGUGCCAGGGUUGGCAGAGUUAAGAAAAUCUGGUCUGCAUGACUAUUUCUGUACCUAAAAAACCACCAAGUAAAAUACUUGAUUGUAUACAAAUUCUGGUCAUUGGACUGAAACUGAGAGGGUGUAUACAACCCUUGCAACAUAGUGUGAAGUCUCUAUAGUCCUAGAAAUUGAUUCUUUGACCUCAGAACAAAAAUGUAGGAGUCAAUAUGUUGUUUUCUUAGGAACUGCUUUUCCGGAUUCCCUUAUUAAAAGGGAAAAUUCAGGUGCUGAAUCUUAAAAUCUCAUUAAACUUGUACUUUUUAUUUGCCCAUUCACCUGGUCUCCUUUCCUUUUCAAGGCCUUCCACAGUCUCAAGGUAUAUAAAUCACUAUGACUCAUCCAAAUAAUGCCAAAGCAGUCUAACCAGAGGUUAAUGUGCCUUCCUCUUCUAGGACCUUGAUCUUUGUAAAGUUAUCUCAAACUCAUCACGGUCUUAGGGUUGGGUACAUGCACUGUCUUUUUCUAAGAUGUAUGUGUUGAAGUUGCAACAGGUUUGUACCGUUACUUGUGGCUUGUUCCAUUUGUGUUAGGAUGUGGUGUUGACACAAAUCAAUACACUGUUUUUUCUUAGUAUCAGUCUUACCUGUGACAUCUAUCAGUGCAUGCUUGUUGUCACGAUCCGCUAGUACAAGCAGGGGUCUUGAUGGUGUGUUAACUGAUCUCAGAGUGCAAAAACAACACAGAAGGGGAUUUCAGUAUUAAUCAAAACAAAUGCACCUUUUAUUGAGUGCCCACAGCAAAUGCAAUAGAAGGAUUAGAAAGGAGAUAAAGGAUAGAGAGAGAAAAAGGGGGGGGGGGGGGGGCUAUAGCUACCAACGGAGAGACUAAAUCCUUGUGAUCCAUCUUGUCACACUGGGGAGAAUCUUGGAGUCUUUGGUUAGCUCAGGGGUCUUUUAUAGUCCUCUGCCGGGAGAGGAACAGGUACAGGACAAUGGAGAAUAAGUCAGUUGAGAACAAGUACAGACAGUCCAGUUCGGGACCCAUUGUUUCAGGACUGGUUUCUAUGGGAAACCAGUCUUGGUCCAGCAAACACAUCUGCAGGUAACACUUGGCAGACAUCCCGCUUCAGUCAGCCCAGUGCCCCCAUGUUAGAAUUUUAAGGGUCUCAGUCCUUGGGGGGGGGGGGGGGGCUUCAAUCUCCGUCCUUGAGGGUAGUCAUGAGGCAGAUGAGGAAUUUUCCGUGGGAGAUCACCAAAGUUACCUCAGAAAGUUAGACUUUCUCUAAAGUGGGUGGCAUCUGGCUGAGAGGUCGGGAAAUUCAUGGGCUAUUGUGAUGAGCGGGUAUCGUGAAGCAGGGGUAAGCAUACAGAGCAGGCCGCUAAUUGCUAGGCCCUGCUCAAAGCAGUGUACGGUGGCGGCACAGCAAGCACACCUGCAAACAAUCACUUGGCAAGCAUCCACCUCAACCAGGACAGAACUCCAGUCGGGGUCUUCAGGGUCUUAGUCUCUGUCCUUGCAAUGAUUGUGAGGCAAAUAAGGAAAACUUCAGACCAUCUCUUACACUUGUAUGCUAAUGUGUACACAAAUACUGGCUCUUCCCCAUGGCCUAUGAUGUAUAUGAUGCACAAACUACACAAGGUGUUUUUAAAAGUGCAGGGGUCACAACUUCUUGCCUGAGGGUAUAAUGUCUUACGGUGAACUGUUUUUAAUGUUUUUUUCCCAAAUAUAUUUAAUAAGAUCCAAAGCCUUUGGAAAAAAAAAAUCAGGGCUUGCUGACACUUGGCUUUUGUUCUGAAUACAGAGUCUGAUGUUUAUUAACAAUUCCUGCAAAUCCACCCAUCUAACAGCUUUUCUCAGCUUGUUGUUUCUUUCAUGAGCUGUGUCAGAAACAGCACUGGAUCCUUAACUAUCAUGGAAGCUGUCAAGUGAAAUAGUAACAACUCUCUUCAAAUAUUACAGUGCACAUUUUUAACUGUCAGGUAAAACUGUUCAAAAUUAUUGAUGCAACUUGCAAAUGGAACAGUGGAAAGUUGCAGAUAUGUAAAACCAGUCUCUGCACAUGGGGCUCAGUGUUCAGUUACCUUGUAAAUUGUUUCUUCUCUCUGAAAAGCGGAGGUUGGUUUUUUUAGUUUUUAUUUUUCAUACAAAGACAUUACACAUUUGGCUUUGUUUUUUUAAUUGGAAAAGGAUAUCUUUGUUCUUAAUCUGACAUCUGGAGUUUGGGCUAGGUUUCUGUCGUUUAUGCAGAUAGAGGAUGGUGUGAUUGAUACAGAAUGUCCCUUCCCAGCUGUAAGGGUAAUUCAUUCAUAAGAACAUAGAAACAGGAACACUUCUUCACUUACUGUGGCCUUCCAUGGACAUGCAUAUCCAUUAUUAACUGAAGUACAUUACCGCACUCUGUUGAUUCAUGAGACUACCUUUGUAUUUAGAAUCAGCAUCAUUAGUCAUCAGUGUAUUGACAUUGAUAAAUGGUCACAGAGCUCUAAUGUAUAUUUCCUGUGCUAACUGCAUCUGUUUUCCCUGUACCCCAAUGCAGACUUAAUCUGGAGUUCUCUUUUUAGUUCUUGCUAACUUUGGAGUUUCUUCAAAUUCAGUAAGGUCCUGGUUUUACCACAGUUCCUUUUCAGAGUAGAACAGAUUGGUUUAACUUUGUUUUCUAAUCUUUAGCACUUUCCUCCCAUUUCUUCUUAGUUCACCUUUAACAGUAAUUUCAAAGCUGCUUACCUAGUCUGAAAAAUAGAGUCAUAAUAAAAAGAAAACUUGUUGCCCUCUGUAGAAAGAUCGCUCUGUGCUUUUACCAUAAACUUCAGUGGCUGGCUGCCUACCUUGGAAGGGGAGACUCCACUCCUGCAUACUCUACAGAAGCUGAAAUUCUCUUGCAUCCAUAUUAUAUAGUGGAUGUCAGCAGAUCAGGAAGUGGAUGUGCCCUGCAUCUGAACCCAGUUUGUUAAUCUGAUCAGUGGUACUUUAGUCAACUAAAGAACCGGCAUCUUUGGCUGCUGCUCAGUGUUAUUACUAAACUGAAGGCAAAAUUGAGGAUGCAUUGGUGACUUUUUUGCUGACUUGGUCCCAUUUAAAGGCUUUCUCCAUAGACUUUUGUCUUUUGCAUAUUUCAUGGAUGGUGAAAAAACGUUGCUAUCGUAGGGCUAUGAGAUUAACUCUAUGCUCAAAAGGCAAAAAUUAUUAGCUUUGGCCAGCAGUAAUGCCAAAGGCUGGCUAUGCUCAGAGAUGGGCUGGUAAUGGAGUGUUUGAGCAAUGGAAGCCUUGAGAGUUCCACAACAGUCCUUGCCAGUCUUUCCCAAGCACUGUUCAGCACUAUCCCUAUUUAAAAACAAAAUAGGGAUUGCACUGAGCAGUGGAACCUGCUGAAUUUCCUAGAUUUGAGAGAGACACCGGAGAGAAGAGUCCAGGUUCCAUGUGUUUUAAAUACAACUUAAAACCAAUGCAGCUAUACUCUCAGAUCAGCACCACUUCCUACCUUUCCCUCCAUUUAGAUGGGAAUUAAAAAGUAAACUCAACAAUACAUGAUCUGGUUGUGUACUUGCAGGUGGAACAUGGGGUUCUCGAAAUUUGAGAAUUGAAAUUUCUUAUGUGGAAGAACUCUGUGGGUGCAAAGAGCUUGGAUCUUGGAUUACAGCUCUUCUGCCAUCUUGCUAAAUGCAAGUACUCUGGACUCUUCUGAAGAACUGAUCAUUUUAGGUCAUCUGUGUGUUGUUUGACCACAUGGACAAUAUAACAGUGAUUUUUACAGAUUGCUUUCCACAUGUCAGUCAUAACUCUUAAUUUGCCGUGUGGAGGAAAAUUGUUAAUUUGAUCUGGAAAUGUGGAUGUGGACACAACAUGGGCAGUGGGAUUGAGGGCACUCUCAGCAAAUUUACUGAUGACAUUGAGCUGUGUGGUGCAGUCAACAUGCUGGAGGGAAGAGAUGACAUCCACAGGAACCUUGACACACUUUAGAGAUGGGUCUGUGCGAACCUCAUGAAGUUCAAGAAAGCAAAGUGCAAGGUCCUACUCCUGGGUCAUGUCAGUCCCAGACACACCGACAGGUUGGGCAGAGAAGUAAUUGAGAGCAGCCCUGGUAGAAAGACUUGGGGGUGAUGGUUGAUGAAAAACUCACCAUGAGCAGACAGUGUGAACUCACAGCCCAGAAACCAACAAAAUUCUUGGCUGCAUCAAAAGGAGCGUGGCCAGCAAGUCAAGGGAGGAGAUUCUCCCCCUCUGCUUUGCUCUUGUGAGACUCCACCUGGAGUACUGUGUCCAGCUCUGGGGCCCCUACGUAAAAAGGACAUGGAACUGUUGGAGAAAGUCCAGAGGAAGGCUGCAAAAUUGAUAAGAGGACUGGAGCACCUCCCCUACCAAGACAGGCUGAGAAAGUUGAGGCUGUUCAACCUGGAGAAGAGAAGGUUGCGUGGAGAUCUCUUAGCAACCUUCCAGUAUCUGAAGGGGCUACAGGGAAGACUGAGAAGGACUCCUCAUCAGGAACUGCAGACAGGACAAGUAGUAAUGGGUAAAAAUUGAAAGAAAUUAGGAAAUUUAGACAAGAUAUUAGGAAGAAAUUUUUUACUGUGAGGGUGGUGAGAUACUGGAAUGGGUGGCCCAGAGAGGUUGUGGAUGCAUGAAUCCUGGCAGCAUUCAAAGCCAGGUUUAAUAAGGUCUUAAGCAACCUGGUCUAGUGGGAGGUAUCCCUGCCUAUGGCAGGGGGGUUGGGACAAGACAAUUUUUAAGGUCCAUCCCAACCCCAUAACAUACUAUGAUCCUAUGUAUCUAUUACGAGCCUAAUUUUCCAUCUUGCAUUAACCAAGUUACUGUGUUCACAUACCAGAAAGAUGUUGCUCUUUGAAAAAACAUGUUAGUGUAUGUGGCAAUGCCCCAUGUGCUUUUUAAAUACCUAGAUCUGUACAUUCUCGUCUGAGUAUUGUUAAACAUGCUGUAGUCUGGCAUACAGGUCUUUUACUGCUGCCCCGUUACAUAGAUAAUCGUAAUUAACUGCAGUUUGGUUUUUUCUACUACUUGAGGUUGCGUGAUCUGAAAAUUGGUAAACAAGAAGGAUUUGUGCAUCUUACUAUGUGUAUCUCUAAAUAAAAUGUAUUUGUAUAGUU